AUUAAAAAUAGUAGGAACACAAAUUACUUCGUGAAGACAAACGUUGAGAGAUAAACACCCUCAUAGCAAAAAUCGGCCAAUACCAAAGUUUUGGCAAAAUAUUUUGGAAGCGGCUGUCUUUGGUCAUUCAUUAAUAUUUGGCACUGAAUACCGAAUAGAAAAGCUACUUGAAAUCGUCCGGCCGGAACUCAAAUGUAGAUUUGAAAAACUAUUCAAGUGUUAAGUGCUCUGCUGACCAUGUUGAAGGACACCGCCACCGCAUCGACCAGCGAACUUGCAGGGGAAGUGGGUGACGCCCAUUCGACUCCUGGCAGCUGCCCUCCGCCCGCCGCGGGCGACACGCCCCCCGUCGUUAGCCGACCGCUGGACCGACGCCUAAACCCCAACGCACCUGUGUUUGUGCCCGACUUCAAGGCCAGCCAGGUGGCCAAAAAGCUAUUUGAUGAGUUAUCUACGUACACCCGGUGGAGUACGGCAACCUCGGAGGACAUAUGCUACGAGCCCCGUUACGAGUCCAUCUGGCGUGAGGCCAGCAUCCAGCAGCAGCAGGGUCUGCGCCAUCCGGGUUUCGUUUACAGCCUGGAUCCUGGCGAGGAGGAGGUUGGCGAACUGGAGUUUGACGAAGUCCAGGCCAUGAAUAUCGGAGCCGAGUCCUAUGAUCCCAAGCUAGGAAGCACAUCAGUUAGCCAGGCAAUGGAAGUUCGCGAAACUGUGGGUGAUGUGGAGGAACCUUUAGAUGAGGAAAAAAGGAAUGGCUUUCAGAAUCGCCACUCCGCCAGACCGGCCAAAAAGUGCUGUCUGGUCAUGUAGGUCCCACGGAAUGGCAAAUUUAUAUAUUUAUUUUCCAUUUGUUUUCACACCUACAUGCAACUCAGUAAAUUGCUUCCUUACUCUCUC